AGAAAUCACGUGAAAGAGCCAAAAUGUCAACAUAAGCCAGUACGAACGGGACUACUCCACCGAAGGCAGUGUUAGGAAUACGUUUUAGCGGGAGACCGUUUCGGUUUUGCGCCGCUGGAGACGUUCGAUCCGUUGUUCGUUGAGUCGCCGUCGCGUUCCGACCAAUCAGAUUCAAGCGAACGCCGCCCUGCCGGGCAACACUGCGCUCUUGGAUCUCGCGCGCCGACGAACUCACGCAUGCGCAUUCCGUUUUUCUUUCCGGAAGAAAGGGCAAUGUUUUGGUUUUGAACGCUACGCUGUCCACAUGCAUGGCUACGUUGACUGUCACUGUCAUGUCUCUGCGGGGGAUUUUGACAAGGACGUGGAAGAGGUGAUUGAGAAUUCAAAAAAGGCUGGAUUGUUGGCGCUAUUAGCUGUGGCAGAGCAUGCUGGGGAAUUUGACAAGAUUAUUGCGCUGUCGCAGAGGUUUUCGGGUUUUAUUUUCCCCUGCUUAGGAGUCCACCCUGUUCAGGAAGUUUCCCCAGAGCAGCAGAGGAGUGCUUCUCUGCAGGAUCUAGAUGCUGCUUUACCCAUCAUAGAGAAAUACAAAGACCACCUUGUGGCUGUUGGGGAGGUUGGUUUGGAUUUUACACCCAGAUAUGUCAGCAAUGAGACUGAUAAAGACAGCCAAAGGCAGGUCCUCGUUCGACAGGCACAGAUAGCCAGGGAACUGGAUCUCCCUUUAAAUGUUCAUUCACGGUCUGCAGGACGACCCACCAUCCACCUCCUCAAAGAGCAAGGUGUCGAAAAAGCCUUGCUUCAUGCUUUUGAUGGGAAACCGUCCGUUGCAAUGGAGGGAGUCAAGGCUGGAUAUUUCUUUUCUAUCCCACCGUCCAUAAUACGGAGUGAACAGAAGCAGAAACUUGUGAAACAGUUGCCAUUAGAGAACAUCUGUCUGGAAACUGAUUCACCUGCUCUGGGUCCAGAAAAGCAGGUGAGAAAUGAGCCAAAGAACAUCUCAAUCUCUGCCGAGUACAUCAGCAAGAUCAAAGGAGUGUCGCUGGAGGAGGUGAUGGAGGUGACGACACAGAACGCUCUGCGACUCUUCCCGAAGUUAAAGUCGGCCAUCAGACCCUGACACAGCCCUAGAGGUUUCUUUCAUCGGUCUGGAAUAUCUAGAUUGACAUACCCACAGCUUUCUGUUACCGUUGUGAUCUUUUUAAGUAACUUAAUGUCGACAUCCGACAAGGUGCCCUGCAGUGUAAAUAAAUCAAAAAACAGUGGGUCAGUCGAGGUGAGAGCCAUUCAUUUAACUCCAUUUUGGAUAUUCUUAAAUAAACGAAGAUGGGAUAACAAUUUA